AUGCUACUCUUGUCCAUCGCAACCCUGGCCUCCGUGGCGGCGGCCUCCCAAUGCGGCCUCAAGAAGCUCGAGAACCUGGUGACGUUCGGCGACAGCUACACCGACGAAGGCCGCCUCGGCUACUUCAUCAACAACAACGGCUCCGCUCCGCCCCCGGGCACGCUGCUCCCGCCGAGCAAUUCCACCGCGAGCGGCGGCUACGCCUGGGGCCGGUUCGUCGCCAACUCGACGGGUGCCAACUACUACAACUACGCCGUCAGCGGCGCCACCUGUUCCAAUGAGAUCAUCUCCCGCGACUUCGCCGCCAUCCGCCAGCCGUUCCCGUCGGUCCUGGAAUACGAGAUCCCAGCGUACAAGGCCGACACAGCGUUCGAGACGCUCUACCCGAACAGGGCGGCCAAUAACACGGUGUACACGCUCUGGAUCGGCACCAACGACCUGGGAUACGGCGCCUUUCUCACCGACUCCAACACGGCAGGAACGACCCUUUCCAGCUACGUGGACUGCGUCUGGGAGGUGUUCGACAACGUCUACUCGACGGGUGGGCGGCACUUUGUCCUCCUCAACAUUGCGCCGCUGGAGCAGUCACCCCUCUACGCCGCCACUGAGCUCGGCGGUAUGGGAGACAGCCAGUUCUGGCCCAACAAGACGGAGUACAACACGACCGAGUACCAGUAUAAGAUGCUCGAGUACAGCACCAGCGUCAACACCAUGUUCGAUUACGGCGCGCCGUUCCACCUUUUGGUCAAGAAGCGCUGGCCGGGAGCGAGCUUCUCCGUCUUCGACGUCCACAGCCUGCUGCGCGACAUCCACGCCGAGCCGUCAAAAUACUUGUCGUCGCCGGCAAACGUGACGGGGGUCUACCGGGUAUGUGACCCGGUGACGAGAGUGUGCGUGGACUCGUCGGAGGCCAAGUCGAGCUUCCUGUGGUACGACGAGUUGCAUCCUUCCGAGCGUGCAGAGGAGAUUGUGGCCCAGCAUUUUAUCGACGUUGUCUACGGCAACUCGACGUACGGUACGACCUACGCGUCCUAA